CGUCGCGCACAUGCGCACUGCAUUUGUUUUGACGAAGAUGGCGGGGUUUCGAGAGCAUGAAAAGCGAUUCUUUCCGAUAAAAAAUGGGAAAUCCGCCGUUAACCUGUUUAAAUAUGAAUUGACAGAGUGCCAAGAACCGAAUCUUGUAUUGUUGUCUAUCGUCGCCGGAGCGAUCGAAAAUAUUUUGACCUCGAAUCGCUUUCUAACGCCAGAAAUCGGAUCGCGGAGGCUGGAGCAUGGCUUCCCUACGCCACUAGAACUGAUCAGCGUUGAAACGCUGUACACCAGAUUUGAGCAUCUCGUGAAAUCGAACGUCGAUUUGAGUAAACACACUGGGAAGUUCGCUACUCGUGAGCUAUUGAAGAGAGUAUCUGACGUCAUCUGGCAAUCACUCACGAGAAGUUACUAUAAAGACAAGGCACACUUGCAGUCUCUGCACAGCUUUCUCACAGGAAACAAGCUAGACUGUUUCGGAGUGGCGUUUGCAGUGGUCGCAGCCUGCCAGUUGUUGGAGCUCCGUGAUGUCCACCUGGCUCUAUCGGAAGACCACGCGUGGGUCGUCUACGGAAAAGACCUGGAAAAUUCCGCGGAGGUCACCCUUCAUGGCAAGGGUUACGAGGACAAGCGGGGGCAGCCGAUCACGUCCGAGCUUGCCUACAAGAGCUGGCUGUACGUGAACGGCCACCCGGUCGUGUGCACGCGCCAGAUGGAGGUAGCGGCGCUCGUGUCCGCCGUCAACCCGCACAUCAACGCGACGACCGACAGCUACGACCUCGGAUGUCUGCAGCAGGAGCUGCUAUGGAUGAUGUACGACCUGGGUCACCUGACGCGCUACCCGCUCGCGCUCGGUAACCUUGGCGACCUUAACGAGAUCCAGCCGGACUUCUCUCGUCCGUCGAGCAUCUCGCUGUUCAACGAGGCUAUAGAGGCCGACCAGCUCUACUACAGCAACCAGCACGUGUACCCUUACACGUACCUGGCCGGCUACUGCUACAGGCAUCACCAGUUUAAGGAAGCAUUGAAGAACUGGGCAGCAGCAGCAGACGUUAUCAGAAAGCAUCACCAGUUUAAGGCGAAGCCUUUGAUAGAAACUGGGCAGCAGCUAGCAGACGUUAUCAGAACAGACAAAGCCAUCCAGCGUGGGUGUGGGGCCGAUAAGUUGGAGUCAACCUUUGUUACAAAGGUCAUGGCCUUCCCUAAGGUGCCCGAUUUUAGCAUGCAGUUUGUGUCCUGGAGAUUCUCGGGAGUGUUCAGUGACCUCCUAGGCGCGGUCGACGACGGCGGCACGGAGGACUUUCUCGACUCGCUCGCGACGCGACUCGCCGCCGACAACAAUGGCGGCGACGUCAACCCGAACAUCGCGGCGCUGGCGGCGGCCUGCGGAGAGGCGAUCCUCAAUCCGGACUAUCUACUCGGCAGCGGCGACGGCGCGGCGCCGUUCACCGACGCCGCCGCGCCCGACCUGCUCGACUUUCUCAGCAACAGCAAGGGCGCGGCGAACGGCGGCCAUUUUGUCGGGCUGUCCGUCGAUUCGAUGCUGGAGGCGGAGAGCCCACCGCAGAGCACUGGGACGAGUCGGCCCGCCAGCGAGCUGUCCAGCCAUUCCUCCUGCAACGGUGGCGGCGGAUCCACGCGUACGCCCCAGGUGGUGCUGCGCAGCCACAAGAUGUGGGGCAUGAAGGAGCUGCUGACGGCGCCGGGCAAGCUGAACGCUAGCGCCAUCUCUCUGCAGCUGACGGCACAAUCGCAGGUCGACGUUCCGCGCAAGGCGAAGUCGAGCAAGGAGUUUGACUACAGCAUGCUGGGAAGCUCGCGCAAGCGCGCCAAGCGCGACUGAGCGCCUCGUCUGGGUGAGCGGGGCAGCUGGGCUUAUGUGUGAGUGUGUGUGUGUGAGAGAGAACCUGAG